UUAUCAAACAACCAUAUGGCCAGAACAUCAGGUUGUCCUUAUCAGUGUUUAUAAUCUCGAAAUUCUUUCGAUGUCGUUAGAAUGAUGUUUGACUUUGAAUGUCAAAUGUGUUUAAACUAUAAAAUACAUAAAACUUUACAGGGUCAAAUCCUCUAAAUGCAGCAGUUACCAGUGACUUACAUUUCAGUAACGUGUCUGAUGAUAAUUAUAACAGUGUUUAACAAAUCCAAUAAUGGUGUUCACACAAGUGGUAUCCAUCAAAGACAAAGCACCUGGAACCAAAGUAUACAACUAUGCUGAUUCAUUCUGGUGUACAUAUAUUGUGUCUGUGGUGGCUGCCAGUGUUGCAGAAAUAUUGACAUAUCCUUUGGAUUUGACCAAGACUCGUCUACAAAUACAAGGUGAAGUGGCUUCUAGCAGUAAACCUACACAAUAUAGAGGCAUGAUAAAAACGGCUAUCGGCAUUGCUAAUGAAGAAGGUGCCCUAAAAUUAUGGCAAGGUGUGACGCCUGCGCUCUAUAGACAUGUAGUGUAUUCUGGUAUUAGGAUUGUAUCGUACGAAACCAUGCGUGAUAAAAUAUUAUUAAAAAACGAAGAUGGAUCAUUUCCGAUUUGGAAAUCAGCCAUAAGUGGAGUCAUAUCUGGUGUAAUUGCUCAGUAUGUUGCUAGUCCAGCUGAUUUGAUCAAAGUUCAAAUACAGAUGGAAGGUAAACGGCGUCUGAUGGGAGAGCCUGCUAGAGUGUUAAGUGCAGCACAUGCAUUCAAAAAAAUAGUAUCUGAAAGUGGUGUUCGUGGUUUGUGGAAAGGAUCAAUACCUAAUGUACAACGUGCUGCUCUUGUAAAUCUUGGUGAUUUGACUACUUAUGAUACAGCUAAGCAAAUAAUUAUGCACAAAACUGGGUUACCUGAUUCACAUCUUCUACAUUGCCUUUCUAGCAUAUGUGCUGGAUUAGUAGCAGCUACAUUAGGAACUCCAGCAGAUGUUGUAAAAACACGUGUUAUGAAUCAACCAACUGACAAAAAUGGAAUUGGUUUGAUAUACAAAGGAUCUUUGGAUUGCUUGUUUAAGACUAUUGAAAAUGAAGGGUUUUUUGCUCUUUACAAAGGAUUUUUACCUGUUUGGAUCAGAAUGGCACCCUGGUCAUUAACUUUUUGGAUGAGUUUUGAACAAAUACGCCAUAUGCUUGGUGCUACUGGGUUUUAGAAAUGACAGAGUAUAAUCAUUAGAUCUCAUUUUUAUUAUGUUUUUCAUCUUUUACAAUAGUUCUAAAAUAUGUUAAGAUAUUAUUUUCAAUAUCUAUAUCCUCUGUGAUUGUAUAGAAAGUUUAGGUCCUGAACAAACACUAACACUACACAUAAGUUUUCUUGUAGUCUAAAUAUUGAAUUCCAUAAAAAUACUAUAACUUAAAUUAUCAAACAAAAUUAAUGAUAAGACAUUAUAUUAUAACAGUAUCAUUUACUGACAUAUCCAUCGAACAAUAAAGAAAAAUCUUGACCGUAUUUCCGUUAUUGCAAAUUUAAUAUACAAUUAUUAAGUUUAAUAUUCUUUACUUAUUACCGUAUUAAAUUAACUUAACAUUUUUAUUUAAUUUAACUUGAUUUUUUACUUAAUGGUAGUUCAAAAUAUUAAAAAGAUUUAUUAUCAUAGACUUGUUUUCUUUUUUCAAUUAGGUAAUAUUUAAGUCAUUUUACUCGAAUACUACCCUUAAACCUACAGUAAAAUAAAUAAUAAGCAACAUUUUUCUGUAUUGAGUAUUUAAAUGAUGGGCAGUUAAUAUUAAUUUAACAACACCUUUAAAAUAAAAUAAUUAAAAAUUGUGUUCUAGCAUCAAAUAUAUAUAUUACUAAAGAGUAAAUUUAUCAUCACUUUUGGCUCAAACUUGUGUUAUUAUUA